GUUAUGUUUCCAAGUUGGGAUUAUUCAUAUUCCAAUAGGCUCUCACAUUUUCUUCUGACUAGUUUUCGUCCCAGAAGAUGGGUUUGACAAGGAAAUGAUGGGACUAACUGGUGGAUUUCCUGGUGGGGAGAAGGGGCUGCAGAAGUUCAUCGAGGAAAACCCACCGCCUAAGAAGACUGAUUCAGGGGCUCUAGCAGGGAUUACUACAGCUGGAAAGAAGCCUAGAGCGCCCGAGUUGCCACUGCUAAUGCCUGGUAUGAUUGCUCUUGUGAAGAACACCAACAGUCCAUACUACAUGUACUGUGGCAUUGUACAGAGGAUUACAGAUGGGAAGGCUGGGGUUCUUCUAGAAGGAGGGGUCUGGGAUCGGUUGAUCACUUUCCGGCUCGAAGAACUCGAGCGCAGGGAGAAGGGUCCCCCAGGGAAAAAUCCUCGAUCGGUUGUCCUAGAAACUAUGGCUCAGAAAGAUUCAUGAUCUGCUUAGUCUUUUUGUUGUGUCUAAUAUAUGUAUGCAGUAUGU